CGCUUCCUCUGGUCGCUGCCCGUGGCCCCCGGGGCGUGCGAGGCCAUCAACAAGCACGAGUCCAUCCUGCGCGCGCGCGCCGUGGUCGCCUUCCACACGGGGAACUUCCGCGACCUGUACCACAUCCUGGAGAACCACAAGUUCACCAAGGAGUCGCACGGCAAGCUGCAGGCCAUGUGGCUCGAGGCGCACUACCAGGAGGCCGAGAAGCUGCGCGGCCGCCCGCUCGGCCCGGUGGACAAGUACCGCGUGCGCAAGAAGUUCCCGCUGCCGCGCACCAUCUGGGACGGCGAGCAGAAGACGCAUUGCUUCAAGGAGCGGACUCGGAGCCUGCUGCGGGAAUGGUACCUGCAGGACCCCUACCCCAACCCCAGCAAGAAACGCGAACUGGCGCAGGCCACCGGCCUCACUCCCACACAAGUAGGCAACUGGUUUAAGAACCGGAGGCAGCGCGACCGCGCCGCGGCGGCCAAGAACAGGGCGGCCAGCCCCACCACCAGCGUGUCCAGCCUGGCGGAGCGCGCGGACACCGGCACCUCCAUCCUCUCGGUAACCUCCAGCGACUCGGAAUGUGAUGUAUGAUGCCCAAGGCCGCCCUCCUCCCCGCCCCCCUCCGCUCCUUAUCCCCCUUUUCCUCCUUGACCUCCUCCUCGUCCUCCUCCAGCCCCAGAACAAACCGAUAUCAGGAUACACCAUCACACACACACACAAGCACACACGCUCCCACCCCAGCCAAAAUAUAUAUAAAUAUAUAUAAAACAACACAAGAAAAAUAAGUUUAACGCAAACCAUCAACAACCCCCAACCCUCAUUUCUCAUCGCGGCCACCCCAAAGGACUGCGACGUCAACAGACAGUCACAAACGCUGAUGUUGUGGGCAGAAAACAUAAAAGAGGUGACAAUUGUAUACUUUCUCGGACAAGCACGGCUUCUCCUUUCGGUUCCCACGGACCGGCACCCCACCUGCAUGACGAUUUAUUUGUAUCUGGGAAAAUAUUCUCUCUAGUUUAAAACGAUUUAAAAAGAGUCGACUGUACAAAAACCACCACCACGAUGACAAGACAACAAAAGCAAAAGAGACAAAAAGAGAGAGAGAGAAAAAAAGUAAAACCGCCAUCUCCUUUCGGAAUUUGUUUAAAAAGAAAGAACUCUGGGAGAGGGAAGUAGAAAAUGUUUCUUGCCUUUUGUUGCGCGCUCUCUUUUUUCCUCUCUCUCUUUUCCUCUCUUUCUCUUUCUCUCUCCCUCUUUCUCUCUCUCUCUGUUUUUAAGUCCAAGUAUUGGUCAAACAAGAUGCAAUUUUCUGUUUUUUUGUUCAGCAGACAAUCAUUUUCUUCGUAAGCACCUUUUUCUCUCCACUCUGUCACUGCCUGUGUGGGUACUGGUUAUAAAUGUGGAAAAAGAAUAGUUAUGACUGUAACAGAUUUUUAUUUUUAUUUCAAAAUUUUAUAUGAAUUAUGUAUAUCUUAAUGAUUGGUCAUUUUCCCAGUUUGUAAUAUAUGUGUAGAAAUUGCCUGUAUAUGAUAAUUGAUUUCUCUCCUCUCCCUUUCCCUUCUUUCUCUCUUCUCCCUCCUUCUCCCCCCUCCCCCGCUCACUUCUUUGCUUUUGGGGGUUCCUCUCCCAUUCGGUGUUUCAGGCGUGCUCUUCGGGCUGGGGUAGGAAGAGGGACCCUAUCAACAGCAAAAGCGGAGAGUGAGACCGUAGUAUUCUUAAGCAAAAGCUAUUCAAGUAUUUCCUAGCUGCUUUGGUGAUAUCUCUCACUCCCUGUAGAGCGCUUUUACUGUUAUCUUAACUGCGUGUUUAUCUAUAUGUAAAAACUUUCUAAAGCAAAUACAGUAUUCUCCAUUUUCUUAUUACUCCUGGAGACUGGUGUUUUUGUCCGCCCCUGUGCCGAAUCCCCGGGGUGCUGCACCCCCGAGGUGUUGUGGCCAGGCC